GCUGGCAGCGCUCAGGGUCUACUGAUAUAAAUAUCGGCUGAACAAGUGAAAGGCAACGGAGACGACAACUCAGAAGCUCACACCUCAGCCUGUCCUUCUACCCUGUUGCUUUCUGCCUGCUCCUCCCUCAUCACUGGAUUACUUGGGUCGGGCUGUUCACGAUGCCCUGGCUUACCAAUGUCGCACUCUCCUCCGUUUUGGCGCUACUCCCAGCUAUUGUAUGGGCCGUAUUCUGGCGAUCUACCACGACGUCUACAUUCCCAGGCCCUCGCCCGAUUCCCUUGAUCGGAAACAUCCUGCCCGCUCAGCGCGUUGAGAAGGUUCUAAGUGCUCUCGGGGAGAAAUAUGGCCCCAUAUACGCUCUCAAAUUCUUCCGUACACCGGUCCUUGUGCUAAACAGUGCCUCAGUUGCGCGAGACCUCCUGGAGCUGAGAUCCUCGAAGUAUGCCAAUCGGCCGUUACCGAAGAUCGUCGAGAUGUCAAGCUUCAACCGUGGCAUCGUAAUGGAACACGAUCCGGCACGCCUGCGGCUGGGGAGGAAGGUCAUCCACGCGAUCGGGCAAUCUCGCGGGAUCGAAGAGUACAGAGCACGAAUCCAGCACUAUCUCGCUACCUACCUCAAGCGCAUGCACGAUAAUCCGCGGACGUUCAUGCAACAUGCCAGGAGCCUCGUGGCGAGCACGACUCUGGAGAUGUCUCAUGGCUAUGAGAUACAGGGCGAGGACGACCCGCUUCUUUCUGACGCUCGGACACUCGUGGAGAACUUCAGCCAUGCGAGCGACGCUGGUGGAUAUUUGGUCAACUGGAUACCAUUUCUAUCAAUAUUCCCCGAGUGGCUCCCUGGAAUGCAAUUCAAGACCAGAGCGUAUGAGUGGGGUAGGCAGUACAACAUGGUGUCCCAGAAAGCGUAUGAUUGGGUCAAACGUGAAAUGGUCAAAGGCACCGCACGUCCUUCAAUGGUAGCGAAGGCGCUUGAUGAAACUACGCGCGACGCAAUUCCUGAGGACGUUAUCAUGUACAGCGCUGUGCAAGUGUAUACGGGCGGUGCCGAUACGACCUCUUCCACAAUCUGUGGAUUUAUCCUCAUGAUGGUCCGACACCCAGACGUGGGGAGAAAAGCACAAGCCGAGAUCGACCAUGUGAUAGGGCGGGACCGCCUGCCUACGUACGCGGAUCGCGACAAGCUCCCAUAUACCAACGCCAUCUUAUCCGAGGUCCUCCGUGUGAUCCCGCCUAUCUCAGCCACCUUGCGCGAGCCCAGCGAAGACGAUGUGUACGAUGGCCGCUACAUAGCUAAAGAGACAAUGAUCAUCGAGAAUAUAUGGGGCAUGCUCCGCGACCGCGACGUGUACCCUGACCCCGACAAAUUCGACCCGGAACGUUGGGUUGAUUUUGAUGGCAGGCAUGUGCACCACCCGCUCAACAUCGUCUUCGGGUUCGGACGGCGGAGCUGCCCCGGCCGUGUCUUUGCAGAAGAAAUGGCGUUCACUGUUGUCGCGCUCAUCCUGUCGCUGUACGACAUCUCCAACGACUGCGACGCGAGCGGAAAACCUAUAAUCCCCGCUAUGGAGCAGACCACUGGGAGCAUCAUGUUUCCGCUGCCCUUCACUUGCAAAAUCACUCCUCGCGAUCUCCGUGCGAGUGAGCAUGUCGAGAAGUUCUAUGCGACCUACUAUCAGGCGCCAGGGAGUGUCAAUGCAGUGUAGGAGGCCGUGGUAUUCGUUGCGGCUUUCGGAAAGCUUGCGUCUCGUCCAGUCUCGAUUUCUAGUUUACGGGAAUGUACUCUUAGUACGUCGCGUAUGCACUACCCUGUUUUGAUUAGGAGUCGAGUUCGUAUCUCGAAGUCGCACUCGAAGUUGCACAUAGUACUAUGCGA